GCGGGGGAUUAAUAUACAUUUAAGAUCCUGCACUUCGACUCCAUUUUUAUUCUUGGAAAUAGAUAAUAACAAGGCUUGGUAAAUCAUUUUAUUCUUGAUUUCCUUAGUAAAUUUCCAUGCCCAAAGGCUAGAUGUAUCUUCAUCCUUUCAUAAAGACCUCGUGACGACCCGGCAAGCUCCAACCCGUCAGGCAGUAAAUCAAGCGCGAACUCAAAACCGAGUAGUUCUGACCUGUGGCUUUAUCCAUUCGGUUACCGUGCGGGCUCCUGAAGUUUUUGUUCUGGUGUGUGAUUUUGAAUGGAAUUAUUGGAUCGGAUUGAUAGAAUAAGAAAAAUGAAAACACUAACCAGGAAUGUGACGUUGAUUUGCAUUCAAAUUGCAACAAAUCUGAAUAUUAUUACUUCAAUUGAAAUAUCAAAGAACACAAGUGAACUUUUAAUUCAUGGCACUCACGACAAUUUUCACGAAAUCAGUUGCAGAGAGCUAAAACACUGCAAUUGUAGUAUGAAUGGCGAUUAUAUUACAAUUAAUUGCAUCAACCUUCGAAACUUUACAGAACUGAUGAACAUCGUCAGACAAAAAUUCUCCAAUCGAUCGAUUAGUCACGUAUACAUUUCUCACUCUUCCAUCGAUAAGCUUCCAGCUAAUGCUUUUGCAGGGUUGAACAUCAUGAACAUAUACAUAAGAAGAUCGACGAUAGGAUCUGUGGAUAAUGACGUAUUCGUAGGAACCAAUCAUCUCAUUCAGCUUAGAUUGGAUAACACACGUUUACUGUCUUUUCCAACAUCGAUUAAACUCUUAAAUCUCACGCUAAGAUGCUUAUGGAUGGAAAGGGGAGAACUGAACGCGCUGGGUACAGAACUGAGGAAAUUCAGACUACAGAUUCUUUCUUUGAAACAAAAUAAAAUUCACUACGUAGACCCCGACGCAUUCGUCGAUAUGAUCGAACUGAAAGUAUUGAACUUAGCUAACAACAGAAUCAGAAUUUUCGGUCCAACGACAUUCAGAAAUUUGCAACGAUUACAGACUUUAACUCUUUUAAAUAAUGAAUUAGAAAGCGUCAAAGGUUUACUGGACGAUCAUCCGUUCACCAUUCAGAUUAUACAACUACAAAAUAAUAAACUUAGGAGUAUUCGGAAUAUCACUGAUCGUCCAUUAUAUUCAUUGCAAUCACUGUUACUGAGUAAUAACCCUAUUGAAGUUAUAGACGAAAACAGUUUUGGUAACAAUUUUCCACAAUUGAACACGUUGUACUUAACAAAUACCCAUUUGAUUAGAAUAGAGUCUCGUGCUUUUCAAAAUUUGAUAAAACUGCGUCAAGUGAUAUUAAAUAACAACCGAUUAGAAUAUUUAGACGAUGACCUUUUUGCUAAUAUUAUGACCUUACAAAAAAUUGAUAUUGCUACAAAUAAAAUUAGAGAUAUCAAAAAUUUGUUCAAACGUUCCUCAGGAAUUCUAACUUUGUUGUUAAGUAACAACACAAUAAACGAUAUCGAAAAUUGCUUUAAUUAUAACAAACAUUUAAAAACUUUAUUUCUAGAUGGAAACGAAAUAACCAUAAUUAAAAGCAAUACAUUUUUCAACAAUAAUAAACUUAAAAUUAUAAAUCUAGACCAAAAUAAAAUCGAAUAUCUAGAAAAAGAUUGCUUUCGUGGAUUGUACAAUUUAAAAAAACUCCUCUUAUCUAACAAUCGCAUCACUACUCUUAACGGCUCUCUCGAUAAUUUGCCACAUUUGGAAAUUCUAUAUUUGAAUGACAAUCUUCUAACUGUUUUGGACCCCAAGCACUUUCAGAGAACUCUAAGCAUUAAUACAAUUAGUUUGAAUUACAACAAAUUAAUAUCUGUAGAAAAGGCAUUUCAGAAUCUACAAAAUCUUCAAUAUGUAUCAUUGAAAAAUAAUUUUCUGAAGACCCUCACAGAAGAAACAUUUUCUCUUCAAGUCUCUCUAAAGAUGUUGGAACUAAGAAAGAAUCCUAUAACUUGUGAUUGUCGAAUAGGAUGGCUGAUAGAAGCAGUCUUGGAUCAUCGUUUUAAAUUCGACAAGGUUUACUGUAAAAAACCAAAAUGGCUGAAGCACAAACAAAUAUCAAAUCUUACUCUGUCUGAUGUUGUAGAAUGGAAAACUGAUUGUCCUGACAAUUGUAAAUGUCAGUGCCACGCAAAUUUGACAGAUUGGUACAUCAACGUCAAUUGUGCCAAUAGAAAUUUAGAAAAAUUUCCAGAUCGAUUUCCAGAAAAGACGAAUUAUUUAGAUAUCAGUCACAAUGAAAUACAAGUUAUUCCAUCGCAAAUUCUGGGAAAUUUAAGUCAUCUACAACAUCUUUUGCUUCAUUUCAACAACUUUACUUCAUUGCAGAAUCUUUCUGAUUUAAAAUUACAAUCUCUAAUGUUAUCUAACAACAAAUUCACUCGUUUUCCUGUCAAUUUGAUUCAAAUUCAGUAUUUAGAAUCCAUUUCUCUCUCCAAAAAUCCUUGGAUAUGCGACUGCGAAACGUUGCCUUUCGUGAAAUGGAUACUCUCUGAACAAAACAAAAUAAUUGAUGUUGACGAAACAAGAUGCAGCGAAAAUAAUGUGAAAUUUAAAAUGCACAAAAUUAUAUCUUUAACCGAACUACAGUUAUGUCCUUCUUUUAUUCUUCUAUAUUCUGUUAUCGGAGCUGCAAUUGCUGUGAUUCUUCUAUUUCUUGCCGGUGGAAAGAUCAUCUAUAAUAAAUACAGAAUGCACAUUCGAGUCUGGAUGUAUUCUCGAGGGUUUUCCUGCUUCAAAGAAGACGAUUUCAACGAAAACAAGCUAUUUGAUGCAUUCAUAUCGUACAGUCGAUUGGACGAAUCGUUCGUGAAAUAUAUAUUGGCUCCAAAUCUAGAAAACGGAGAGAAAUCGUUUCAUCUUUGCAUACACUAUCGCCAUUUUAUUCCCGGGUCUUACAUCCAAGACAAUAUCAUCAAUGCAGUAAAAGCCAGCAAGAGGACAGUGUUGAUUCUAUCUCAGAAUUUUUUAUCCAGCGAAUGGUGUCGACUGGAAUUUAAAAGCGCUCAUCAUCAAGUCUUAGAAGAAAGACUGAACCGAUUAAUCGUAAUCAUCUUGGGAGAUUUACCUCCCGAUGAUGAUAUAGACCCCGAGAUAUUGUUAUAUCUUCAAACCACUACUUAUCUGCGAUGGGGUGAGAAAAACUUUUGGAAUAAAUUAUAUUAUGCCAUGCCCAAAACUCCUUGUAAUGUUCAAGAUAGGGAGUCAGUGCAUCUUUUGAGUGACUAUGAUUAAUUAUCUGACAAAUAUCCUCGAAUACUUCUUUCAAUAGAACUUAUUUAACCGUGUUCUUACACAAAACAAACCUGUAGCCUUUUCUUAGUUACAAACAAGUUACUUUUUAACCAUAGAUUUUGCAUAUUUUUGUAUUCGACUUCCAAGUGACAAAUCUUCCAAGUCAAGAAAGAUUGCCCAGUUUAUAUGAAUACAUUUUAUCACAAAAAUUUGUAUAAUCUAAUGAAUUUUUAUCGCUUUUAGAAAUGAUUUGCAGAGCAGAGUUAAUACCCCUGUAAGCGAAAUGAUAAAGAGGAAACUUAUAACAACUACCUAACUUUUAUCUAGAGAUAAACUGUAUAUGAAAAUAAACGGCUGUGUAACGUUACAGGCAAAUGAUAAAUAAUUUAUACUUACCUUUCUACUUGUAAGUAACCAACUGUAUACUUUAUGUGUGCUGAAAUGAAUGAUAAGAACAUCGUCUCGUAAUUUCUCCUAUUAUUUUGGAAACUCAGAGAACUAGACCUGAAUAUUGCAAGUUUCAGAAUUAGCAUUCUUUCAAAAUUCACUACAAGAAAUCGGCAAUAAAGUCAAGAAAAUCGUUUGAGAAUUGAUGCGCCAUUACGUUUCUGCAUUUACUCUUAAUAUACUGUAGAUUUGCAAUAUUCGAAAAUUAAAUCUCAUGAAAGAAAUCUAACGAAAA